AUGUCUGGUGUUACUCCAAAGUCAUUAGAAGCACUUAAGCAACUAGACUCCUUUAAUGUCUCAUUCAAUAGGUUACACGGGGAAAUUCCGAAUGGAGGACCUUUUGCUGAUCUCCCUUACCAGUCUUUCGUGUCAAACGAAGGAUUAUGUGGUAACCCUAAAAUGCAUGUCCAGGCCUGUCAUGGCCUUGCUUUAGUGAUAGUUUUCGUGUUGAUGAGACGUCACGGUAAAACAAUCAAAGCUGAUGAUGAGUGGUUGCCAGAUGUAGCACCACAAAGAUUUUCCUAUUAUGAUCUUCAAAGAGCAACUCAGGACUUUAAUGGAAAUAACUUGCUAGGUAGUGGAAGUUUUGGUUUUGUUUACAAAGGAGCAUUAACAGAUGGGACGAUAGUAGCUGUUAAAGUUUUCAAUGUGCAGAUUGAAGGUACAUUUCAAACCUUUGAUAGAGAAUGUGAAAUUUUGCGGAAUCUUCUGUCAUAG